AUAAAAUAGUUAUCGCAUUCCUCGCGCAUGCUUGCUUGCCAACAAUAAAAUAUUUUUGACAGUUGCCACAUCGAUCGAACACCGCAAUUGUAUUCCUAACUUCAUUUCAAAUUUGAUUAACGCUACAUGUUAAAUUGCUUCAUGCACGAUCCUCUGUUUUCUUGUCCUGAAUAAAAUGGGUCUAGUUUUUAUUGAUAUUUAAGCAACUGAACAGAAAAAUAGUACAAUGCUGAUCGUUAUAUCUUGUGUGUCACAAUAUUGGCUACCUGUUCGUUCUUUAUGAACAAAUUGUCCUGCACAAUUGAAUUUUCUAAAUUCUGAAAUUUUUUUACCGUUUAAAUGUUUUCAAUGACAGCGAUAGAUGAAAACUUUCAGACAUGGAGGUUGACGAAAUUAUCAAAGACAUUUUCGGUUUGAAUGUGUAUUUAGGGCUUAUAGAUGCAAACUCAACUGAAGAAAGUUCAAAGGGUUCUAGAGUACCACAUGGAUUCACCUUGGUAAAUAACUAUAUCGAAACUACCUUAUCAAAGAAUGCACUGACACAGAAUGUUGAGGAUAUCAGAGUUGGUCGAAUCGGCCCGAGCACUGUCAAAUUUGACAAGUCUACAUACCAAGGACCCUGCCUCAUUUCUCCAGAUAGACUUGGUAUUCACUCUUUAAGCAACUUCAGUACGAUAAGAGCGAAUACUGCUGUAUACAAAGGAAAAUGGAUGUAUGAACUGGAACUUGGCUCAAAUGGUGUUAUGCAAGUUGGCUGGAGCACUAUUAAGUGCGAAUUUAAUCAGAAAUGUGGAGUUGGGGAUACUAUCAACUCAUAUGCUUACGAUGGAAAUCGUAUUAGAAAGUGGAAUGUAACUAUUCACAAAUAUGGAGAAGCGUGGUUGACGGGUGAUAUUAUUGGAUGCGCGAUAGACAUGGAUAAUGGAACUAUUGAUUUCUAUAGAAAUGGCAGACAUUUAGGAAGAGCCUUUGAAAACAUAUCAAUGGGUCCUGGUUUUGCCUACUUUCCUACAGUCAGCCUUGUGUUAUCAGAAAAGUUAACAGCAAAUUUUGGUUCUAUGCCAAUGCGCUAUCCUAUAGAAGGAUACGAGCCCCUGCAAGCAGCGCCCGAAAAAGAAAUAAUUCAAGCUACGCAGCUAUUUAAAUGGCUCUCGAGAAUAGUGGAAUUAAUAAAUGCACAGCAGAACAUGGACGAACAGAAGAUGUUACAUAAUGAAAAUAUAAGUCUCGAAGUUUUUUUAAUGUGUCUUUCGAGAUCUGUUUUGAAGCAUUUAGGAUCUCUAAUUACCUUACCGUAUAUUACGGCACAUAUUUCAGUCCCAUUUUUACAACGACUAUCCGAAUUGAAAACAGAUUCAUCAAAAGAAUCUAUGUAUUCUUGUAUGUUGUUCACUUGCUUAGAUUUAUUGUGGACAUUUCUCGAAGACCAUGAAAUGAAGGCGUUCUUAGAGAGUACACUACUUUGUUUAUUAUCUGCAUUCAGACAUGUUACUUCCUUAUUGGAGUAUCUCGAUCAUUGUAAAAGUUUACUUCUGUUGACGAAAAUCUGCAAACAUACGACGACUCGUCAGUAUUUACUGCAAUAUUUACUUUUCGAUCGAGUAAGAUUCGUAGAUUUCAUGCAUGUUAAACCGAUGGAUGAGGGAGGUUUGGCUGACGUUGUCAGUAAAGUGUGGUGGGAAAUGAAUUCUGUGGAUUCAACGAUCGAAGCGAACAAAGCAAGUUACCUGGAUACGUGCGAGAAAAUUAGAGCUGCCGUAUCUGAAGUAGAAGAAGUGCAAGUGGAAUUACUGCUGACGCUUCUCGAUAAUUCUGAUGGGAACGAUAAGAGGCCAACCUCGAGGACUAUAUUUUUACGAAGAUUCAAACGUUUUGUACAGGAUAAUCUUGAAUUGAGUCGUACUCCCCUACCAAUCACGUUAUGUUGUUUCCACCGACUCCUGGUUGCAUUCAGAAUUUUGUGGAAUAUCGAAGUAGGAACAUCUCCUGUUUACAUGCCUUGCAGGGCAUUCUACGACGCAUCGAUCGAUUACUCUAGAACUGAGAGAUUGGGAGGAGUUUUGUCUCACUUGAGUAAAACGUUCAGAAGCGAUUUGCUAGAACAGUUAGGACCCGAUCAUGAAGUGAUAACUGCGCUGGAACAAUCUUCGUCGGAUUCGUCGAAUGCGCAUAACAGAACAACCAGAGUAGUGGAUUUACGUGCACUUUCGCCAGGGCUUGUUCGAGCAAUCCAUGUCAGCUCAUCGAUACAAGCGAAUUCGGUGAUUUAUGAAAGACUUGGAUAUUUAAGGGAAGAUAGAAGUUCCAUGCCCUUAGGCCUUGUAGAUGCAACCGUAUCUUUGCUCAGAAUGCUCGAUACCAUUAUUUUAUUCUAUCACAUAGUAGCGAAGAAGCAGUUAGCGAGCGUUGCAAACUUUAGAAACAGAAUGUCAGAAUUUAUCACCGCUAUGCAAGAGACGAAAGGACGACUAGAGCAAAUAAAGAAGAAGAAGGACUUCGAGUCCCAAUCUAUUCAACAAGAACUGUCGAGAACGCUCAACGUCUUCAAUACUAAAUUAAUCGAACAAGCAAGGUACAUGGCAUGGGUACGCGCUGUUGUUUACUCUGAACAGAAGCAAUCGCAACUAGCCUGGCUUCUAGGAGUAGUCACGUUCACUUUAAAAAACUCUAGCAAAGAAGGAAACUUGUUUAGUUUCGUGCCAGAUUUUUUUUUGGAAGCGCUGGCCGACUUGUUCGUUAGUUUACGGAAUCACAUGCACCCAACGGUGCGUAUCGAGAACAUCCCAGAUUAUCGAGAAAUGCUAUCAGACAUAGCUGAGUUUCUCUGCGAGCAUUUCAUGGAUCCUCGUAUAGUAAAUGCGAAUUCGAAAAGUACGUUACUUUUAACACUGGCUGGGUUUGUGUGCAAUUCCCUUACCUUGGAAAUAUUGGAAAACGUGCCAGAAGAAAGUCGAAUAAAAGUUGUUAUAAAUCUGUUAAAUUCGUAUGAGAAUAGAGCAUGGGCAGAGUCAAAUUGGAUUCUAGUUAGAUUUUGGCAAGGCAACGGCUUCGCCUUUCGACAUAAGGAAAGUAUACAUCUCUCGAAGAGAGUUGGACCAAGAUUGCUUCAGCACGAAUCGAUUUCUCAGCCUAUAAGACCAUGUCCAUCGACUGUAUAUCAAGAUCACAUAAAAGAUAUAUUACUAAGAAAUCCACAAAUAUCCACCAAGUUUUUAAAUUCCUUACUGAAUCAGUUGAACUGGGCUCUCUCUGAGUUUAUCGGGAUGAUACAAGAGAUUCAUAAUGUUUCCUCGCGACCCGAAAGAGUCUUCAUCGAUUCCAGGCAGUUGAAAAUUUGUGCUACGUGCUUCGAUUUAACAAUUUCCCUGUUGAGAGUUUUAGAGAUGAUCACUACAGUGGUUCCGAGCAUCUUUAUCGAUUCAACGCAGUCUUCCAGUGAGAAUUUGCUGUCCAGACUAUGCCAAUUACUCUGCCAAGUAUUGAACAGAAUAAGUUUACCAACCAGUUGCUUCCAACACGUUGUAUUAUUAGAAAUACCUAAUUUGGAAUCUGUGGAUCAUUUUCCAAUAUUGGCAGCAGUCACUGGUAUCCUGUUGGCUUUGCUUAAAGAAGAUAUGACCGAUUAUAAACUGAAAAAGUUAACGGAAGUACCAAAGGUCACGCAAACCUUGCUGAUGGAACCCAGUUUCCAAAUAAGUUCUCUCCACUUUUUGUUGGGUGAUACAAUGCCUAAAAGUAAAACGGAACAAAAUGCAAAGACAUUUUCGUUUGCAAACUAUCCAGAUUGUGUAACGAAGGAAGAAUUGAAAAAAGUUAAAGAUAUGAUUGAAUAUUUGGACGAGUGUCGUGCCAUCUUACCAGAAUUGAAAAUAUUAAGCGAUGAUGAUGAUACUUGCACGAUUUGUUAUGCGUACCCUGUAGCGGUGACGUUCAAACCCUGUGGUCAUCAAACAUGUCGCAAUUGCAUCGAGAGACACCUUCUGAACACCAGAGAGUGCUUUUUUUGCAAGGUGACUAUUGAUCAAGUCGUGGAUCUUUCUGGCAACACACUAUACAAUUUUAUCGAUGAAAAUCUAAAUUCGUCAGAAUUAUCUUAA